AUGUUGCAAGGUCGCGCGAGCGAGCAGGGAUCCACCACGCAACCACUGCUGACCACCACAAACGACGACUACCACCAUCACGAGACAGACGCCUUGAUCACGCCGCUCGACAUGGUUCGGCAUGAAAACGUCUCGCGCCAUGCGGUGGGCGUGCAAGUUUCCGCGUUGCUCUUUGUCGUCGUUGUAUGGAGCAUUGUUUUCUCCACUAUGUCGAUCCUUUCGCUGCCACUCUUCGGCUAUCAUCCAUUGAUCCAGUCUUUCACCAUACUGCUUCUGCUGCAGGCGAUUGUAGUACUGCAGCGGACGACGCCAUCACAACCAGCGGCGAAAAAAUCGGCGUUCACAGCACACCAGUGGAUCAACCUCAUUCUCGUACUCCCACUCUUCACCGCGGGCGCAAGCAUCAUGUGGUACCUGCACGAUCAACCAGCCUCGGCACACUUCAUAUCGUACCAUGGGAUUCUCGGUACCGCCGUCGUAAUCGCAGCGUGGGUACAGGCCGCCUUCGGUGCCGCAAGCGUCUGGUGGAAGGGAAAGCUAGUGGGUGGAGAGAACAAAGGUAAGGCGCUUUGGAAGUGGCAUAGAUUGUCUGGCUAUGUACUCAUUGCGCUGUUUCUCUUGACGGCUGUGUUGGGUGUGGUCGAGACUACGUGGGGGAAGCGGAAUGCCCGGCCGAUCCAGAAGGGCGUGACGGUGGUGACGUUAAGUUUGGCGGCAUUUGCGAUGCUCAUCCGCGUGCAAAAGAGCAAACUGCCAAAGCUGUAG